CACUUGUUUACUACUACAACUACUUCCUUGCUCACCGACUGAGCUCACCAUCAUCGAUGUCGGGGGAGAACCAGCCCUCCAUACUAGACCAGCUCGAUGCCGCCGUUCCCCUCGCACGUUUCGACGCAUUCCCGAAACUUCCUUCAACCUACAAAGCCCGCUCAGAAUCCCGCGGUUUCUUCACUCUUUUUGUCGCUCUCAUCGCAAUCCUACUUGUAUUAAAUGAUAUUGGAGAGUAUAUCUGGGGAUGGCCAGAUUAUGAAUUCAGCAUAGACUCACAGGGUCAGUCCCAUUUGAAUGUGAACGUCGAUAUGGCAGUCAAUAUGCCUUGUCAGUAUCUUAGCGUGGAUUUGCGUGAUGUAGUCGGUGACCGCUUGUUCCUUAGCAAUGCGUUCCGCCGGGAUGGUACUCGUUUCGAUAUUGGUCAAGCGACAACUCUCAAGGAACAUGCCCAGGCUCUUUCUGCUCGCCAGGCAAUCUCGCAAUCCAGAAAUUCACGCGGAUUCUUCUCUUGGUUCCGCCGCGCUGAACCCGAGUUUCGCCCUACGUACAACCACGAGACAGAUGGAAGCGCCUGUCGAAUUUAUGGCUCCCUGCAGGUCAAGAAAGUGACUGCAAAUUUACAUGUUACAAUGCUCGGACAUGGCUAUAAUAGUCACAUACAUGUGGACCACAAUAAGAUGAAUUUGUCCCAUGUGAUCAGCGAGUUUUCGUUUGGUCCAUACUUCCCGGAUAUCUCUCAACCCCUCGACUACUCAUUCGAGAUCGCAAAAGAACCGUUCAUGGUGUACCAAUACUUCUUGCAUGUGGUUCCGACUACAUACAUUGCCCCUCGAAGUCGACCUCUCGAGACCAACCAAUACAGUGUCACUCACUACACCCGUAAGCUGGAACACAACGAAGGAGUCCCCGGUAUUUUCUUUAAGUUCGACCUCGACCCCAUGGUUAUCACCAUUCACCAGCGCACGACCACAUUGGUACAAUUUAUAAUACGUUGCGUGGGUGUUAUCGGAGGCGUUUUCACGUGCGCACAGUAUUUCGUUCGUGUCGCCAUUCGUGCAGCGGACGCCGUCUCAGGGGCAGAUACCACUCCGGGAAUCGUAGCCGCUGAAGCUACCGGUGUGAAGCGAAAAUGGGCAGGCGGACAGCUGCGCGUACGUUCCACUGCACAAAAUUCAGCGAAUGUCGUCAGACAAGGACCAGGCUGGGUCGUUGAGGGCUCCUCUUCGCCCUACGCAUCCUACGCAAAUACGCCUGUCUCAGGCGGGUUCACCGCCCAAAGCCCAUAUCCUUAUUCACCAUUUCUGUCUCCACCUACCUUGACUAGUAGUACGAGCGUCCCACCGACUCCAGGAACAGGCGUCGGACUUGGCUUUGGCGGGGCAGCGUUUGGCCCGCCGCCGAGCGGGAGGGGGCAUAAGAAGGGGAAGUCAGUUAGCAUUUCGCGAAGUGUUAGUGGAGGGCUCAGUUCGCCCUUCGCGGCUUCGUCGUCGUCGCUUACAUCCCCGGCUGUGGGGCCACCGCCCUCGGCUAAGAAGGAUGAUUGACACUACGGGAUAUUUAGUUUCGGUACUAUGUAUCACUUUGGUCACCCAUAGAGUUGGUUGCCAAUAUCAGCUCAUAGCCAGUA